UUUGUAAAGAGCUGGUGUUCGUGGAGCACGUGCUUUCAUUUGAAGUUUACUGACUCUGUGGUUUUACUGAGGAAAGCAUCGUGUUGCUUUCAAGGCCGGCCGAUCAUCCCAGAAGAUAGAAAACAGCAGUGGAUACAUGGUUGUUUCCAGGGAACAAAAUGAAUCUCUUCAAGAUGUUUUCCAUUUCCUUUUUGUUCUGGUGUUUUGUUUUUAUUCCAUCUCGCUCCGAGUCUUGUGGAGAAGUCAGCUUUAAUGUAACCAGCGGGAUUGUACGUUUACCAGACAUCCACUAUGACGUCAUAAAAGAGUUGAACUGUCUCUGGUUCUACACCGCGCCUCCCGGAAGGGAGCUUCUCGUGAAGGUCGACCAUGUCCAUUUGGAUCCUCCACGUCGUUGGUGGGCCUCUUUGAAGCUGGACGUAGAUGACCAGACUUUUGAGCUUCCAAGUAAAUGUGUACGUUGUUUGUCAGAGAUUGUAGCUGGACAGGAACUAAGAGUGGUUUUUACCUAUACAACCAGAUCUUCUAAGCGUGGCACUGGUUCUGAGCCUAUUGGUUCGUUUCAGAUCCGAUUUAAAGCUUUUGACCCAUUUCUGUGCGAUCGCCCGGUGCCUCCAAAAAACGGAUACAUUAUUACAGAACAAAGAAGAGUCGGCAACACUAUUGAGUACAGGUGCAAUCCUCCGUUUGAACUAGUAGGGAAUCCUGAUUCCCGAUGUAGAAUCCCAAAAUCAAGCCCAAUUCCGGAGUGGUCUGAGCCCGCUCCAGAAUGUAUAAUUCCAGACUGCACUGGUGGGGUUAUUCACAAAGUUGCGGGAAGAGGUGCAAUCUCAAACCCAGGUUAUCAGUCAAAACGGUUGUUACCACAAAGACAAUGUCGAUGGGAAAUAAUGGCUGGGAGAGGAGAAAGAAUAAAGAUGGUUUUUACUUAUAUCCAAUUGAAACAAGAAGAAUCUACGGAAUUAAAGAUUUACGACGGCGAUCUUUUUAGGCCUUUAACCAACCUAACUCUUCUGACUAACAAGAAGAAACCAGAACUUGUUACAAGCACAAAUAAACUUAUUAUUUUCUUCACAACAGGGGAUGUUCCAAACUCCAGUGAGUUGCAAGGUUUUUUUAUUGAAUACUGGAACAUUUCGGGGUUUUGUUUCCAUCCAGGACAAAUAGAAAACGGUGAAAUCAUUAGCCAGAAUUUCACAAUAGGCUCUAAUAUUAGGUUCCUCUGUCAUCCAAACUUUCAUCUUAUUGGGCCACAAUCUGCAAUUUGUCUUCCUGGUGGUAGAUGGAAUGUAUCCAAACCAAGAUGCCAUUUUUUGAAUCUAACUUUAUCUUCAUAUGAAACAUUUGGUUUAUUCGAGUUUUUAGUGAAUUCAAGACCUUCGCAAGCGCCAGUUGGAUCUCCACAGAGCUCAUCUGAUAUGUCCAAUACAACCCUGCCCUCUAGCAGUGAGGAUGAAAAAGAUUUUGUAUUUUCUGUAACUCCUACUUUUACAUCUUUUUCAAGAAAUUCUCAGAGUAAAACGGUUGAAACGACAAAUUUUAACAGUUUGUCGCACCCAUUAUCUCCUACCUCAACAGAAGAUAGUAAAAAUCAGUUUCAUGACGUUCAGGGAAAUUUUAACAUUGACCAAGAAAAUAAGAAUUCUUCUCGAUCAUAUUCACAUAAAAUCCUCAAGAACAUCUCAGGUUUAUAUCCUGUUCAACACAAUAGGACAUCAAACCAAAAUACACGACCUAGAACCGUAGUAAAAGAACAGAAAUAUAGACCGUCAAGACAUAGACUUUCAGAACAAACAACUACGUCAAUUCUAGAGGUGGGUUUUCUUCAUCCAGAUCAAACAAUUUCAUUCCAGCCAACACAACUAUCUACUCCAAGUAACUUGCAGCCAUAUCUAGACCCCCAAAUGGACUCAUAUGCGUCAGAUAAAAAGAAGACAGAUCUAAACCCCCAAGUGGACUCGCAUGCGUCAGAUAAAAAGGAGAUAGAUCUAGAUCCCCAACUGGACUCGAAUGCGUCAGAUAAAAAGGAGAUAGAUCUAGAUCCCCAACUGGACUCGAAUGCGUCAGAUAAAAAGAAGGAGACGCAUCUAAACCCCCAAGUGGACUCGUAUGCGUCAGAUAAAAAGGAGACAGAUCUUAAUCCCCAAGUGGACUCGUAUGCGUCAGAGAAAAAGAAACAGACGCAUCUAAACCCCCAAGUGGACUCGUAUGCGUCAGAUAAAAAGAAGGAGACAGAGCUAGAUCCCCAAAUGGACUCGUACACAUCAGAUAAGACAACUAAGAUAAACCUCGGUCUCCCAGUAGAUUCGUACGCUUCACAUAACAAAAAUGAGACUCAUCUGGACUUCCAAGCCGACUCGUACGCGUCAGAUAAAAACGAUUCAAAGGAAGACAACGGUUCCCUUGCCACAAAGGACACUGUUGAAGGCAACAGCCGUAAUGAAGAAAACACAACCCUCACCGAGAAACCCCUUAUGUUGAUUAUUAUCGUGGCAACAAGCGUAGUGGUCUUAUUGGUUUUUCUCAUGACUAUAGCUGUGCUAUUGUACAAGAAACGGCGUCGUUCAUCCUCAGGAACUCCUGUUUCUGAGAAGUCGAAGAACGACAAAACAGAUGGAUCAGAGUGAAUUCAUUAUUCGUGUAUUUAUACUGCUUUGCUGUUGAUAAACGACAAACACCUAAGUAGCUAAUUUAGAUUUGUUCUUCAUAACUGAUAUAAAAAUCAUACGUAAAUAACAGUUCUAUCUAACUGUAAAUAUCAAAUAAUAACAAUAAAAUAACCGCCAGGGUGAUAUUUAUAAUCUAUGAUGAUGAUAACAUGAGUCUUAUGUUUGAAUAAUUAGAAGUAAAAUGAUGAAACACAUUUUAUAUGUUUUGUUUACAAUAAUUCUAACGUUGGUAUGAGGACUUUAUAAUUAAAGUGUAUUAAAUCAAAUAAUUCCAUAUAACGUUGCCAUGACAAUUUAAUAUGUCGAGUGAUAUACGUUUGUCACCAUGGAUUCAAAUUUAGAUAAGGAAAAACCAAUUACACGUUGUCAUGACAACCUCAAAUGUCGACUUAUGCACGUUUGUCACCAUGGAUUCAAAUUUAGAUAAGGAAAAAAAAAACAAUUACACGUUGUCAUGACAAC